AUGGCCGACAUCACCCCCUCCAAGCAGGCUGCCACUGCCAUUGAGGCUUUCAAGAUGGAGUCUCCCGUUAAGAAGCUCAACUUCAAUGCCGCCGACAAGGAAAACAACCCCGACGCCGUCGCCGUCCAGGACACCAAGUCUGUUGUCGCCGAGGUCAAGAAGGUCGAGCAGCAGCCCGCUGCUACAACCGUCAAGCCAGAAGAGGCCGACGAGCCCCUCCUCCAGGAGAACCCUCAGCGCUUCGUUCUUUUCCCCAUCAAGUACCACGAGAUCUGGCAAAUGUACAAGAAGGCCGAGGCCUCUUUCUGGACUGCCGAAGAGAUUGAUCUCUCCAAGGAUCUCCACGACUGGAACAACAAGCUCAAUGAUGACGAGAAGUAUUUCAUCUCGCACAUUCUUGCCUUCUUCGCCGCCUCCGAUGGUAUCGUCAACGAGAACCUCGUUGAGCGAUUCAGCGCUGAGGUCCAGAUCCCUGAGGCCCGCUGCUUCUACGGUUUCCAGAUCAUGAUGGAGAACAUCCACUCGGAGACCUACUCCCUCCUCAUUGAUACCUACAUCAAGGAGCCCGCCCAGAGAACUCACCUCUUCAACGCCAUUGAGACCAUUCCCUGCAUCCGCAAGAAGGCCGACUGGGCUCUUCGCUGGAUUGCCGACCGCGAGGCCACCUUCGCUCAGCGCCUCGUUGCCUUCGCUGCCGUCGAGGGUAUCUUCUUCAGCGGUGCCUUCGCCUCCAUUUUCUGGCUCAAGAAGCGCGGCCUUAUGCCUGGUCUUACCUUCUCCAAUGAGCUCAUCUCCCGUGACGAGGGUCUCCACACCGACUUCGCGUGCCUCCUGUUCUCCCACCUCAAGCACCGCCCCGACAAGCAGCUCAUCAAGGACAUCAUUACUGAUGCCGUCAAGAUCGAGCAGGAGUUCCUCACUGAGGCCCUCCCCUGUGCCCUGCUCGGCAUGAACGCGAACCUCAUGAAGCAGUACAUUGAGUUCGUCGCCGACAGGCUGCUCGUCGCCCUCGGAAAUGAGAAGAUCUACAGGUCCACCAACCCCUUCGACUUCAUGGAGAACAUCUCUCUCGGUGGCAAGACCAACUUCUUCGAGAAGCGUGUUGGUGACUACCAGAAGGCCGGCGUCAUGGCCAGCACUAAGAGGAACGAGGAGGCUACCGUCGAUGCUGGCGGUGAUGGCGGCGCCUUCACUUUCGAUGAGGAUUUCUAA